AGGAGCAAUUUUGUUUAGAUGUCUGUCAGUGACUGACGAUUUACCGUCAGAAUACACAUGAGUGGGAAGAACUAAAAUUAGCUCACAAAUUUCCCCAUAGGGUGGAGUCUAAGCAGAAGUGCUUUGACUUUCUCACUCAGAAGUCUAGCCUAUAUUUGUAAGCUAUUCUUGAGACCUUUCGUUUGGCUGAAGAGAGACACUGGGAGCUGUGGACCCCACAGGAAUCCUAAUUGAGGAGAACCUGAAUGGAGCCUUCACCUCUUGAGUUACCAGCUGAUACAUUGCAACGCAUUGCAUCUGAACUUAGAUGUCACCCAACAGAUGAGAGAGUUGCUCUCCACCUCGAUGAAGAAGACAAGCUGAGGCACUUCAGGGAGCAUUUUUAUAUUCCCAAAAUGCAGGAUCUGCCUCCAAUUGAUUUAUCUUUGGUGAAUAAGGAUGAAGAAGCUAUCUAUUUCUCGGGAAAUUCUCUUGGCCUUCAACCAAAAAUGGUUAAAACAUACCUGGAAGAGGAACUAGAUAAAUGGGCCAAAAUGGGAGUCUAUGGUCACAGUGUAGGGAAACGUCCUUGGGUUAUAGGAGAUGAGACUAUUUCAGGACUUAUGAGUGACAUUGUGGGAGCCAAUGAGAAAGAAGUAGCCCUAAUGAAUGGUUUGACUGUUAAUUUACAUCUUCUACUGUUAUCAUUUUUCAAGCCUACACCCAAACGGUAUAAAAUUCUCCUAGAAGCCAAAGCCUUCCCUUCAGAUCAUUAUGCUAUUGAGUCACAGCUUCAACUUCAUGGACUUAACAUUGAGAAAAGUAUGCGGAUUAUAAAGCCAAGAGAGGGGGAAGACACAUUGAGAUUAGAGGAUAUCCUUGAAGUAAUUGAGAAUGAAGGUGACUCUAUUGCAGUGAUCCUUUUCAGUGGUCUGCAUUUUUAUACUGGACAGCUCUUUAAUAUACCUGCCAUCACAAAAGCAGGACAAGCAAAGGGCUGUUUUGUUGGCUUUGAUCUAGCACAUGCAGUUGGAAAUGUUGAACUUCACUUACAUGACUGGGGAGUCGAUUUUGCCUGCUGGUGCUCCUACAAGUAUUUAAAUACAGGAGCAGGAGGUCUUGCUGGUGCCUUUGUCCAUGAAAAACAUGCCUAUACAAUUAAACCUGCGUUAGUGGGAUGGUUCGGCCAUGAACUAAGCACCAGAUUUGAGAUGGAUAACAAACUGCAGUUAAUCCCUGGAGUCAAUGGAUUCCGAAUCUCAAAUCCUCCCAUUCUGUUGGUCUGUUCCUUACAUGCUAGUUUAGAGAUCUUUAAACAAGCAACUAUGAAAGCACUGAGGAGAAAAUCUAUUUUGCUAACUGGUUAUCUGGAAUACAUGAUCAAGCAUUACUUCAGCCAGGACAAAGCAGAAAGCAAGAAAACAGUCGUGAACAUAAUUACUCCAUCUUAUAUAGAGGAACGUGGCUGCCAGCUAACCCUAACAUUUUCUAUUCCAAUAAAAUACGUUAUCCAAGAACUAGAAAAAAGAGGAGUGGUUUGUGACAAACGGGAGCCAGAUGGCAUUCGAGUGGCUCCAGUUCCUCUCUACAAUUCUUUCCAUGAUGUUUAUAAAUUCAUCAAUCUGCUCACUUCUGUACUUGGCUCUGUAGAAACAUAAAAUAGCAGUAUUUUCCACAGCAACUAAAGCAAAUAAAAUGGAAAGCCUGCAGUUACUUUAUUACUAUUAUUCAAGUCUUAAUUAUUGGAACUAUUUAAAAACUGAUUACAAUGAACUGGAAAUGAAUUCCAUACUUUAUAGAAAACAUGACAGUUCUGCUAAGGAUCUGUGGUCUUGAGAGCUCUAUGGCUGUCCAACUUCUUGGUGUUUGGUGAAUCAAAGUAUUUAUUGGUGCAAGUAUUAUGUACACAUAAUUGAUUAUCUGUCACAUUUCAUAGUUAAUGAAAUGUUUUCUGUUGGUUUAAUUAUAAUUCGAAUGACAAUUUCAUAUGUAUGUAGAAAUUUUUGUAUCAAUUUUAGAAAUAUUACUUUGAUUUUAAUUUACCAGGCAAUUUGUUAUAGGCACUGCCAUUGAACAGUCUGAAUAUGUAUGCUUUUUACAAUGUUCCACCUAACGCCAAUCUAAGGAACACAAAAUACAUUUUCUAGGGCAGUGGCUUUCAAAUACUUUGGUCAUGAUCUAUACUACCAAAUGCAUUUAAUAUCAGGGUGUAAUUUGUGUACAUGCCUUACUUCAAUGAUUCUAAUACACAACUUUUAACACCAUUUUAACAUCCAAUAAAGAAGAAAUAUCUUUCAAUUUUCAUUCAACAGCUUCUUAAAAUUGCCACUGGCCAUUCUUUCAUGUUACCAUCCCAGACGCUGCCAUGAUUCUCACACUGAGUAUAUAUCAUCCUAGAUCUGGUUUUAAAGUUGUAUACAUAGUAGAAGCAAAAGUUGCAUAAAUUAUUUGCCUGUGCUUUAAUAUUCAUUACUUUAUGUCAUCACAACAAAUGUUGGUUGAAGUUCAUUAAAUUGAUUUCUUUACUCAC